AGCUAUGCGAGUGUUGGCUGUUGCCAUUGAUUUGGUUGUUUUCGGGAUCUCUCUUUAUUAUUCACUUUUCUUUUUAUUCUUGGUAUGUUAACUCUCCAAUUUCCAGUAGAAAGUCUAAUGAUUUGAAAGUCUCUCAUCUGUUCAACAUGCAUCCAUGAUGUUGGUUUCAUUUAUUCUGCUUUUGGUGUUUUGAAUGUAUCCUAAUCUUGAAAGCUUUGAGCAAACUAGAGACGUAGAAAUCAAUUUUUUAAGAGAGUUUGAUAAAUGAAUAAUAUCCAAUUUUUAAUAUGGAUGAAGCAGCUUUAAAAAACAAGGCAAACAUUGGGUACGUGGCCCACAUUGGCGUUAUCAGCGAGGCCUGUUGCCUAGAAAGACGAACUAAAUAGAAAAAAGUUAAUCAAGUCAAAGGCCCAAGGUCAUAGACUAAAUAGAAAUACCAAAAUGAUUGAAAAGGAACCAACUUAAACUGGGCCCUUUCAGUAACUCUGACGAUAGGCCCCUCAACAUCAAGUUCAGGACGGCCCAACCAGCACCCCCCCAGGUCCCGCGUGGCUGGGUACUUAAACCAGACCAAAAUGUACGUCAAAAAGGAGGGAAACUCAACCUGAAACCCUAACAUCACAGAUUCACAGUUCAACUACACUACAGCCGAGUGUCUCUCUUUCUUCUUCUCUUUUAGAAACAGAAAGACACUUUUUAAUCCAUGGAAUAACAUUUAAGCACCACUAAUUUGUUCAUCUCCCCCCUUUUUUCUAAUUUAAUAGUUCUGAACAAAGCCCUUUCAUUGCGUGCGAUGGCGAGGUUUAUUCGAAAUAUGUCUUCUCUAAAACGUUCUCUCUUUGCUCCAGAGGUAUGUAGAGGAGGGGUAUUAGGUUCAUCUUCUCAGUUGUGUAACUUUUCUUCUAAAGGUAGAAAGAAUUCCAAGUCAGAUUCAAGCGAUUCUAGUGAUGAGAAUAUGUCCAAGAAAGAUUUAGCCCUAAAACAAGCCCUGGAUCAGAUUACUAGUACUUUUGGAAAAGGAUCUAUUAUGUGGCUUGGUCGUUCUGUGUCUCCUAGAAAUGUUCCGGUAGUUUCCACUGGUUCUUUUUGUUUGGACAUAGCACUUGGAACUGGUGGACUUCCAAAGGGCCGUGUUGUGGAGAUAUUUGGACCAGAGGCUUCUGGGAAAACAACUCUUGCUCUACAUGUAAUUGCUGAAGCACAGAAGCAAGGAGGUUAUUGUGUAUUUGUUGAUGCUGAGCAUGCUCUUGAUCCAGCUCUAGCUGAGACAAUUGGGGUAAACACUGAGAAUUUGCUUCUUUCACAACCAGAUUGUGGAGAACAGGCUCUCAGUCUUGUGGACACCCUUAUACGGAGUGGCUCUGUUGACGUUGUUGUUGUGGACAGUGUAGCAGCACUUGUGCCUAAAGGUGAGCUUGAUGGUGAGAUGGGCGAUGCUCAUAUGGCAAUGCAAGCUAGACUGAUGAGCCAGGCUCUUCGUAAAUUGAGCCAUUCCUUAUCAUUAUCACAAACCAUAUUGAUUUUUAUAAAUCAGGUGAGGUCAAAACUUUCAACUUUUGGUGGAUUUGGUGGGCCAACUGAAGUUACCUGUGGUGGUAAUGCCUUGAAAUUCUAUGCUUCAGUACGUCUAAAUAUAAGGAGAACGGGGUUUGUCAAGAAAGGAGAAGAGAUUAUUGGAAGUCAAAUUCUUGUGAAGAUUGUAAAGAACAAGCUUGCCCCUCCUUUUAAGAAUGCUGAAUUUGAGCUUGAGUUUGGCAAGGGAAUAUCCCGGGAAGUGGAGAUCAUAGAUUUGGCGACGAAACACAAAUUUGUUACAAAGUCUGGCUCAUUCUACACUUUCAAUGACAAGAAACUCCAUGGCAAGGAAGCCUUUAAAAAAUUCUUGGCUGAAAAUGAAAGUGCACGUGAAGAACUUGAGAUAAAACUUAGAGAAAAGCUACUUGAACCCGGCAGCAACAAGGAAGGACGGAUAGAUUCUUUGGAUGGGGAUACUUCAGAAGAAAUAAUUUCACCUGAUACUACUGAUGAAGAAGCUGUUACUGCCAUUGAAGCUUAAGUAUGCAUGAUUCACAGACUGAAUCCCCCCUUGUUCCCCUUGCAGCUUCGGUCUUUCUCCGGUUGGAUCAGUCGAUAGCUAAGUGAAAUUUUCAGUGAACACAAUGAUGUAAGGAUUUGAACGUCCUUUGAUUCAUUGUCACCACAUUCCACCCUUUCGUUAUGGUCGAUGUUAAGGGUUCGAAUAGAUGGCAUUGCAACUUGUAACUUGGUUUAUUGGUCGUAUUUUUACAUUUGUAGUAUAGUGCGUUGGAAAGUUUUCUGGGUUCAAUGGAUGGAAGAAUACAGGAUCUUCUUCCAAAUUUCCAGGGGUAUCCAAGUCCAGCCACAUUUUACAUGUUUAUAAGGCCAAUUUGUAUACAUAUAUUCUAGUACGAAGGUUUUUCUCGUUCAUUCUUUUUCUGUCUUCGUAGACGUGAAGUGCUUGUCGGUUGAAAAACACUGAUCUUUUCGCUUUCAUAAGGUACUUGACAUGCUUCUUGCUAUAUCAGGAAGGACCGGAGAAGAAGGAAAAUGUAUCCCCAAUAGGCAAUGCUCGAUGUAUUGGCAAUUGACUUAUUUACCAAAUAAGCCUUAUAACACCACCCAAAAAAUAAGAAAAAAAAAAGCUUUAAUUUUGUUUCCCUUCUAGCAAGUAUAAAUAGAAAAAAUCCUAAUCUUACAAUAAACCUUAUAAUAAUAAGAUGUUAAUAUUAGUAUUUAUUUUGCAGGAAGAGUGGUAAUUUUUGGUCUUGGGACUUCAUCAUUAUAAAUUGGAGCAUUCAAGUGAGAAGGUGUUGGGACUGCAUUUGAUUGAGUUCUCUGAGAUACUAGAAGAAGAUUGCUUAAAUAAAAAACCCAAAAAAAAAGUAAAAAGAGGGAUGAUCAAAGAUGCAGUUUUCAUGUUUCAGAUUUCAGAAGAUGUAAUAAGUAGGCUUUGCUAUGUGAAGUAAUAACAGUUCUAAACUUUAAGUCCCGAGAAACAAAGAGUGCUUCAAUCUCCCUGGAAUAGUACUUAUCUGCAAAUUUUGACAUCAUCUUCGAGCUCAACAACACAUCGGAAUAAUCAGAUUCUUCAUCUUUUACUUCAUAUAAAACUCCCAGAGAAAAUUUUAUCCUAUCAAGCUUCUUUCCUGUAUGAAUUUGAGUCGUUUGCAGAGUCCAGUGGCAGUGGAUAUAUGAAGAAUGAUGAUGUUUAGGAAAGCCCAAAAGAAAGAAGAAAAUAAUGGUCAGUGAUACACAAUUACCAGUCUUGAAAAUCAAAUUCUAUAAAAAUCCCAUAGUCUUUUAGGCUUCAAGUUUCCAUAUUUUGACUGAAAUCAAUCGUAGCAUAGCAUGUGUUCA